AAUUCAUAAACUUAACUUUCCAUUUGCUGUUGCUGCUCGCAGGUGACGUUUGCCGUUUGACGUUCGUAACAAAUUCUACACCGUUUUCAUAAACUUGACGUAGCUGCCGUUAACAUAAAAAUUUUCUUUCUGAAGUGUGUAAUCCGUUAUUUAUGGACGGUAUUAUGGGAAAUAACGUGCUUUUAUAGAGAACAUUGGGACUGUUAUUGGCUCUUUUCUAUUACUACCAAAUUUGCUACGAAUGGUAUGAACAGAGAGGAUAUUGAACGAGAGCUAAGAAUUCAGGUUUUGGUGGAAUAAGCUACAGAACGUGAACCAAGAUAACAUCAGAAGCAUACACAAAAGAGGGAGCAAAGUAGACAAUACCGAAUAAACGAAAACUAGUGGAAAGAUCAACACAAAUAUGAUUUGAAAGCUAGAGCUCAGUGUCUAAGAAAGAGUUCAGGUGGAGAAUGACUAUUCGGAAUUAAUCAGGAGAAGGUCCAAUUGAAAGAAAAAAAAGAUGUCAGUCAAUUUGAUUGAUUAUAUUCAAGAGUCGGCAAAAUUAAGAGUUAGUUAUAAUUAAGUUUUGUUAUCAUUUUGAUUUCUCUAUUUAAAAAUAAGUAACGUCAUAUUUUACUUAUAGUGCCUUUAUUAGCUAAAUCUUGAAUUGUGAUUAAAAGUUGUAUAAAAUCUUGUCUCAUGACAAAACUAAUCUAUUGACGUAUCAGUAUAAUAGAAAAACAAACAAUACAUAAUAUAACAAAAUUUAAUCGCUACUCAUUAUAUAGAUACUGAUAAAUUUUUUUGAUUUAAUGACAUUUGACAUUUUUUAUUGACAUUGCCAAAAUAGAAUCUAUGGACUCACGUACAUUUAUAAAGUAACCAUAACCGAUUUUUAAUUUACUUGAAAAAAAAAACAAAAUAACGCAAGAUAAGAAGUGAGAUAUGAAACCAUGAUGAUAAUGAGAGUCAAAUUCUAAUUGUUUGGUUAGAUUGUCCGCGUUCAGUUGUAUUAACGUGAUUCUGUCGCAACUGAAAACUGUUGGUGUUAAUGUGACUGUUCUAAGUGAGUUUAUACAAGAAGAUACUUUCUAUGAUGACCCUCAAACCCAAAUGAGAUUCUCCUAUCCUGACUCCAGCAUCGCUUAACUUGAGAAUGGCUAUCGGAGAGAUAUCGCUGUAAUUAAUCAUAGUCUACUUAGAGGAUACUAAAGCGUUGACGAAAUUUACCAAAUUUUGAAAUAAACACAAUUGGAGUAACAUAAGAUAUGAUCUGGUAUUUUGGUUCAAUAGUGAUGAUUGUUUAUUGGAAAUUCAGAGAUAACUGAAGACACUGAUGCAUAUUGAACAAUGGCGUGAAAAUUUUUAUAGUACAGAAGAGAAUUUUCGUAUGGCGACGUCUACAACUGUGAUACCGGCGAUUAUUAACGAUACAAAAAAUGUAACUCAGGAAGAUACAUCGGGCUAUAAUCAAGUGGAAAGUAUAAUCAUAUCUCUCAUUCUUGUUUCUAUUAUCAUUGGUACAAUAGUCGGCAAUAUAUUAGUCUGCGUUGCUGUAUGUCUUGUUAGAAAAUUGAGGAGACCCUGUAACUAUCUCUUGGUCAGUUUGGCUGUGAGCGAUCUCUGUGUGGCUAUUUUGGUGAUGCCGAUGGCAACUUUCUACGAAAUCAAUGGUAAAUGGAUAUUCGGAGAGAUUAUGUGCAAUUUAUGGGUCAGUUUCGACGUGCUCAGUUGUACGGCAUCAAUUCUAAACCUGUGUAUGAUAAGUGUAGAUCGGUACUACGCUAUAACAAAACCUCUCGAAUACGGGGUAAAACGGACACCGAAAAGAAUGAUUUUGUGGGUGAUAUUAGUUUGGUGUUUCGCAGCGUGUAUUUCUCUACCGCCGCUAUUAAUUUUAGGAAACGAACAUUCGGAAAUGGGGGCAAACGGGCGUCCCACAUCAAACGUGUGCUUAGUGUCACAAGACUUUGGGUAUCAAGUGUACGCCACAAUGUGUAGUUUCUACAUACCUCUAACUGUGAUGAUGGUAGUUUAUUACAAGAUAUUUCGAGCUGCUCGUCGAAUAGUUAACGAAGAAAAACGAGCGCAAAGUCAUUUGGAGAGUCAUUGCUAUUUGGAAAUCAGCGUUAAAAACGGCGGAGGACCUCCGGAGAACAAAAUUUCUAGUCAAAGUCCAUCACCAGGCAAUCCCGCGAAGAUAAAUCAUCGAUCUAGUUCCGCUAGUACAAAUACCAUGUGCAGCCUAGAUAAAACAUCUUUAGGUAGGUGUUUCAAAUCUCGUCACAGCAACGAAUCGCAAUGCCCAAUGCUAUCGAACAAAAAUCCCGUCACGAAACAGUCUCGGGACCAUCAAAAGCAUCAUAAAUCUUCACUAUUGUCUACAUUGAAAACAUCCCCCAGCACUUCCAGUCAUCAAAAGAAGUUGCGGUUUCAGCUAGCCAAAGAAAGGAAGGCUAGUACCACUUUAGGUAUCAUAAUGAGUGCUUUCACGUUCUGCUGGCUGCCAUUUUUUGUUUUGGCGCUCGUAAGGCCGUUUUUAGAGACAACAAACGCUUUGAAAACACUAGCGACAUUGUUCCUUUGGUUGGGUUAUGCAAACAGUUUGCUCAAUCCCAUAAUUUAUGCUACGCUUAACAGGGAUUUUCGAAAACCUUUUCAAGCGAUCUUGUACUGUCGUUGUGGUAGUUUAAACCACAUGAUGCGUGAAGAAUUUUAUCACAGUCAGUACGGCGAUCCAGAUCACCACAUCAAUAGAUGCCAUAUGGACUACGAAGAAGGAGUCGAAUAUAUAGAAGCUGAUGGAGAAGAAGUUAAAGUACCUGAAGCAGAUACGGCUGCGCACGAGUCAUUUCUAUGAUUUUCGAUAGAUAAAGGCAGACCUAGUGAAAUGAAUUUUCCAAUAACAGAGACAAUUAUUGAAUAACUACUGUAUGGAAGGAAGUACCCGGACAUCGUUUGAAUUGAUCAUAUUUCCAAUGGCCAAAUUAUUCUACAUGAAUUUCACUUUUGAUGGAAAACAUACCGCAAAACACAACGUGCUAAAGUUCGUAAAUAGAACUGGAACAUACUAUAAAUAAGCAUUGUAGAGAAGUGCAACAUUGGCAUUAAUUUGGUUAGUGAUUUAUGAUACAAUACAAAUGAACCACUGCCUUCCAAUCUCUGUUAUUAAGAAAGAUUAAACUACAUGCAAACUAAUUCUAAGUUCGAAUUGUAGAUUCAAGUAGUACGCAGAGAAGUGGAAAGCUGAAAAUUAGUAAUUAUUAAACUGUAUUCCUAUUUUGUUCGUUGAGUGAUUAAAGUAGUAACCUUUUAUAAUCUUCAUAGAAACAUUAUCUUAUUAAUUAGUGACACUAAUUAAACCACCUGAACACAAUUAAGAUUCACGUAAAUCAUAAGAAAAAAAUAACUUUAGCAAAAGCAUUUUGCAACUGGAGAAUAGUUGGAAAAAAUUUGUGCAUUCUACAUGGUGUUCCGGGAAUUUGGGUGUGAGUAGAUGACGUGAAAAUAUUGAUGUGAUAUGAAGAAAUUUUUUUCAUACGACCCCUCAUUUUUGAUUAUAUGAUUAAGAGUUGUGAACUCAGAACUUAUAUUUAAGUUUAUUUACUAACUUAAGCACUCGAACAUCAUGAAUGAUCAUGUAUGCCCAUAAAGUGUACUAAUACUUUUACAGGGUCAACCUGUACAAUCUAAAGAUAGCAAAAAUGAGUUUUUCAAUCGAUUAUCAUUUUUUGUUUUAAUAAGAAUACCUGAAAUUAAUUUGUUUGAAAUACUUCGAGCAAAAGAAAUUUCCAGAAAACAUGAUCUUGUCCAAAGUACUUCUGGAACUCGGAUUGCUCAUGUUUUUCUAUUUAAAACAUUUUUUUGUUUGAAAUCCUUUUGAGCCAAAAAAAAUUUCAUCUAAAACAUCUUUAAAACUUUUCUUGUUUAUAUCACCCUGGAGACCGUGGAAAAUUCUUUUGUUUGUUCAAUUUUUCUGCUAAAAAACUUGUCUGAAACACCUAUAAUAAAUUUUUUAAAUCAAAAUACCUGAAAUCAUUUUUCUGCGGAAAUUAUGCUUCAAACUUUUUUAAAAUAUUUUUUCCAGAGCCGUCUAUUUAAAACGCUUGAAAACAUUAUAUUGGCCCAAGCACAUACAUUUUCUUAACUUGGGAAUGUCGGAAAUCCUUUUGUUUGAAACAUGUUCGAAAUAUUUUUUUUCUGGAACAUUUCGAGCUAGCACGAAACAUGUUUUGUCUGAAAGUCUUUGAAACAUUUUUUUCCGAAAUAUUUCCAGCGAGUACGAAACAUAUUUUGUUUGAAACAUCUUUUAACUAUUUUUUAUUUGAAAAACUUCGAGUCAACAUACAAAUUCCAUCUGAUUAAGCCACUACAAAUUUUAUCUGAAACAUCUUUGAAACUUUUUUGUAAAAAACACGUAAAAUAUUUCUAUUUAUUUAAAAAACAUGUUAAAAACAAGAUUAUUUCAUUUCAAAUAUUAUGAAGUAUCAUUAUUUACUGGAAGUAAUCAUCCAUCAAAAAUUCAUAAUGUUCGAAUGUAUAAUUUAGAAAAUAUACUCAAAUAUAAGUUCUGAUUUCGCAAAAUUAAAUGCGUAUAACUCAGAAACGGGGGGUCGUAUGAGAUUUUUUUUUAUGUCACAGUAUUAUUUUCACGUCCCGAAUUUUUUGCAUCAAGUCCUGCACCACUCUGUAUAGGAUUGAAACGACUCUUUCGAUAACCAAAAAAGACCAAUAUUUAUUUAUAUUGGAGCGUUAAGAUUAUGAAAGCCAUCAAAAUGUUAAUUCAAUACUUGGUGUGUCCGUUGGGUAGAAAUUCAAUUUCUACAUCAAUUAUUUAGUUAAAAGCAAAGUAAAAGUUUGAAAAAUCUUGAAAAAUUUAGUAUUAUCUGAACGUUUCACCUCAGGACUCUGAGAGAUAAAAGUGAAAUUGUUCAUUGUACAUAUAUGAAAGUAUAUAUAUACUAUACGAAAUAGUUUUUAGUGUAGAAUUCACACGAUAGAUUCAUCCAUCUUCAAAGACACUGCUGUCAUCAGUUUAAUAGUGAAUAUGUUUAAUCUUUCUUAAAGUCUUCAUAUAAUUCCAAGUUACUAUGACAAUUUUUUAUGUAAUGUUAAUAAAUUGCUGAAAUUUAGGCAAAACAUGACAAUGGUUUUAAAUGGGUGGUUUCCCUGCAUUUAUGAAUUGUUAAAUUGAUUUGAUUUAUAACGCAUCGUCACUUUCUGUGAUAAAUGAUAAUAUUUUGAGCCUAUAUAAAUCUCGUAGAAUGUAUAUUGUACACACUGUUCACAUUACCAAUACACUAACACACUCAAUUAUACUAUCUGAUGAGUAUUUCGUUAACCAUGUUAUCUUCUUCAGAGACUUAAGGUAAACCCGCACCUUCAGUCUUCAAAGACGAUAAUUUGGUUAUGUAUGUACAUCACUAACGGUUCCAGGAAUUCCAAUUUACUACUUGUUUCAAUUGAUUGUCUAAAUAUGACAAUAUUAGGUACAAAUUGGUAAAUUAUGGAUUUCUUUCUGUCAUUUGUUAAUGUCUUAACAUUUUUCAUGAAAGUACUAACUAUUUCUAUAAGUAAUGAUAAUAUGUCUAUCUACGAUUCCCAUAAAAUCCCAAUGAUAAUCGUUAUUUUUAGGAUCAUUGUGGAAGUUUACUUGGCAAGCUGAUGUAAUCAGAAAUAUCCUAAUCAAUUACCUCAUAUGUCUUGUACUAAGAUCCAUACACAAAUCAUAGAACAAAAAUAUGUUAAAUCAUUAAAAAAUAAAUAAAACGUCAUUAAAGAUUAUGUGAGAAUGGAAAACAACGUCAAAACCACGAUCUUACAUACAUGUCUGGAAACCAAACUGAGACUUCUAAGUUUUGAUUUUUGCUUCUCAAAAUAUUUGGAUGCCGGUUUUCUCGAUUUUUAAACUACAUUUUGUUCGUUUUUAAUGUUACUUACUCGAUUUCCAAACCUUCUCUCUCCUUUUUUUACUUUUCUACCUGAUCCUGACUUGAAUUGUAAUGGAAAUAUUUAUGAAUACGUCGACAGAUAUCGUAAAUUGGGUGGCUAUUCCCAUCCUUACAAAGCGAUUAAUCAUAUUUCAGUUUUUUCAGACCUUGAUUUUGUUCAUAAAACUUGGCAAUAAUUUUACGUCCCUCGUUUUCUGUUUAGAUUUUCCACACUUGAAUCUAAACUUCUAGCAGAAACGUGAUGUAAUCAGAAAUAUCCUACUCAAUUACCUCAUAUUUCUGGUGAAGGUGCAUACAUAAAUCAGAGAACUUAAAUAUGUUAAAUCUUUAAAAAAGGAAUAACACAUCAUUAAAGUUGAUGUGAGAAUGGAAACAACGUUAACAACGUUUUAUAUACAGGUCUAGAAACCAAACCCAAUUUCUAUGUGUGUAAAAACACGAAAAACAAAAAAAACAAAAUAUUUUUUCCAGAAUUCCAAGUUUUCCAAGUCAAUCCACAAGAGGAAAACCCUCCACUCGGUAACAGUAAGAUGUCCAGAACAAGAAGAUAAGAGUGUAUAGCCAACAGGCUAACUCUUAACCAAAAGAUAAGACUUCCAAGAAUUUCCCAUAGAAAAGGAGAGAAAAAGGAGUCUACGCGCGAAACUGUGACACGAUUGUGGAUGAGGACCUGUUGAAAUGACAAGGAGUUGGUGGAAUGUCCUUCUUCGCAACUAUCCGCAGACUUAUCCCGGGGUGGAUGCUUAGAAGGACGGGUUUCCUCACGCACACGUAUGUCUGUGUGUUUUUCGGAUUCUAAGUGUUAUAAAUAGCCAUAGAGCGGCGCUGCUAUGUAGAGAUGCUACAAAUGGACAUUGGUAGGACACGAUUACAUGUGAGACCAUGGAGUAGUGCCAAGAUAAAAAUUUUGACUGUACUUUACAACUUUAUUAUUUGUACUUAUCUAACUACUUUUAUUUAUAACAAUUUAUUACCUAUAGAAAUAAUGAUAACUAUCAUUAUUAGGUUCUAACACAAUUUGAUACUAUCUCUUGGCUACAACGACUUGGCAGCCACGUAGUGAGGUAAUUUAAUACCCGUGAAAUGAAUUCACUCCGCUACCCUCGUUUCCAGAACUGUAUGUACGACCAUGUUCAAGACAAACAACUGACCCCAAAGAGAAAACAGUAGUUUUCUUACUUCAAACAGUAACUUGUCCUCACUCAACAACUUUUCAUGGAUUAACUGCUGUGAUAAGUACACGGAAACCACAAAAAUUAUCCAACACACCAUGAAUGAUCGUUUUAAAUAAAAAGUUUCUUAAAUUUUAUGAAGAAUUUAAAGUUAUGUUAUGAUUUAAAUCAUUUUAGAAAAGUUAUUCUUUAUUUAAUCUUCCAUUUUCGUGAAUUAUGACUAUUAAAACCAUUUCAACUAACCCGGUGUUACCCUAAAAUCUAAAUAAGCAGUUUGUUUGUCUUUAUUGUUUGCUGCCCUUUAUUCGCAUAUUCGCGAUUAAUAUAUUUAUCAAUCCAAUUUUAAUUAAUAUUAUAAUUACAUAUUUCCACGAACGAUAAUUUGGAUAAAAGCGUAUUUAAAAUAAUAAUUUUUUCAUAAAAAAACUCUAUGAGGGUGCGAAUUGAUAUUUCUUACGAUUUACAAAUAAAUAAUAAAUGCAGGGUGCCACUUUAUUCUUAAUGAAUGUUUUUAUAGCUAAUCAACAAAAUAGAGACAAUCGAUCUAAAGUAUAAUUAUAUUUAAGUGAGCUUUGUUCCUCUCUAGUCAAUUUUUAAGCUUUUUUAUACAUUGGUUUCGGGUUUCAGUUUUAAAUAAAAAAACUUAAGGCUGUUGAUAUAGAGUUAAGUCGAAACUUGUGAAAAGUGUGUUCAAAUUGUAUUAAUUUUAAAUUUGUAUAUGUGUACAAGUUUAAAUACAAUUUUAUUUUAUACAGAGUGAAAUUGUUACUAUUACAAUUAAUAACGGGGAGUACAGAAUUUUUCAGAAUCAAAUAAUUCUAUUCUUGAUACUAUGUAGGAAAAAAAAAAGAUUUCAUAGGAGAUGGAGGUCGAUAGAAGUUCACUUACUAUAAAAAACUUCAUAUAUAUUUGAAAGUGGCUUUCGUCUCAAUUUAUACGGAAAUCCACAACUAGAAACUUCCAAUUAGUUUAUAAUUGAGAAACAUUUAUUUCUGUCCAAGCCAUAAUUUUAGAAUAUUAGGAAGUUUCGGGGCUUCGGCAACUAUCGUUACGCUAAAACUGAAAAGUUAUAGCAGCAAACUGCAUACAGGAUUAAAGGAGACUAGAAGAUGGAUUCCAAUUAUGUUUCCAAUUUUACGUUACAUGGAUACAUAAUGACUGCAUAAGUAUUUUAUUCAGACCAUUCAGUCUGUUUUUCAUCUAGAACUAUUCAUAAAUAGAUGCUAAGAAUUUGUUAAGCAGAUACAGGUGAAUAAAUCUCAUCUUGGUUUCAAUUAAAUGCUCGUGUUGAUGAAUUUUUCCAAGUAUUCAUUAACUGUAGAAGAAAAAUAUAAUCUUUAAUAAAGCUUUUUACUAAUGGUAACUUCGAGAUAGCGUAAUAAAAAGUAUAACAACAUAUAGUAGCGAAGUCUGGCCUCUAAAAGAAAAAACAGUCAAAAUGCUUGAAGCCACAGAAAUGGAUUAUUGGAGACGCGCGGCAGGAAUAUCAAGACUGGAAAAAAUAAGAAACGACAGAAUCAGGGAGAUCAUGAAAUUGCAACAUACGAUUACGGAAGACAUUAGGGUGAAUCAGUUAAGAUGGUACGGACAUGUCCAAAGAAUGCCUGAAGACCGCAUACCCAAACAAAUUUUAAAUUGGGCAUCACAAGGAAGAAGAAAGAGAGGAAGACCAAGAUUAAGCUGGAGAGAAGGUAUCGAGAAGGAUAUUCGAGAGAGAGGAUUGGAAGAAGAUCUUUGUGAAGAUCGAAAAAAAUGGAAACUGGGAAUCGGAAGACGGCGAAGAACGUUUUAAACCCGAUUAAUAUAUAUAUAACUUCGAGAUUGAUAACGUAUUCAGUGAGAACAAUCAUUGAUUGGAAUUGAGGUAAAAAGUAUACAACUUAGUUAGCUGUCAAUCUUUCUUCAACUUUUCAAACCUCAAGUGAAAUAAUUUAUACAUAUUAAUUCUACUUUAUUUGUUUCAAGAUAUAGAAAAUUGAAAAUAGAUAUUUAAAAAAACACUCUGUAUAUCUAUAAAACUAAUUCGAUGUUCAGUAGAAGAAUUCAUAGAAUCACUCAAACAAAUCAUCCUAUCAUAUCGUUUGUAUGUAUAUAGUAAGAGUUCGAACUUAGACAAAAAUCUUGCAAUAAAUUGAUUAAAAUUUUAGCACACUUUUUGUCGCUGUGAAUUUUUUACUAAUAUAUAUUAUUUCUAAAUAAACUUGACUACACUCCAUCGAAUUGAUCUUUAUUCUGACGCCAGAACAAGAAAAACAAAAUCUCAAGCUCGAACAAUGGUUGUUAAACCAUUCUGAUGAGACGUAGUAACGUCGAUACUAUGUGGUGACAAACCCCUCCUUGCAACUUCGAUUCAUUGGGGGUGUUAAUAUCGACAAAUAGAUCGACUGACAUCACUUUCUUCGGAGGAGAUGUAAUUCAAUAUUCGUCGAGGCAUUAACCAGUUGUUUUCUCCUUUGAAGAACCGCAAUAUAUUCCUCUAUUAUGUUCUACCGGGACCGGAAAAUAUAUAGUUUUUCGCCCUUAUUUAUAUUUCAUAUCGAACACUUUCGAAACAAAGUGCUUAAUUGCUUUUUAAAAUAUCCACUCUUAGGGUCUGUACAUUGUAUAGUAGAAACGUGGUUUCGAAAAUCAUCAACAAAUUCUUGAGGUGAUGAAAAUCGCUGUCAGUUCAUCGUUAUUUGUCAGUCAUAAGACAAGAAAUCUAGGAAAUACGGGCAAUGAGAUAUCAAUUCAAUGUUGCUCUCCUUCAAAUAUUGAGUUGUUUGACGUGCUUUACCGGCACUGGCAUGCGGAAUCCAUAUUGUACAUAUCUUCCUUAUACCUGUAUCUUCAUGGAAAAUCGAUUAUAUUGCUGUCUGCGAUUUUCUAAGAGACGCUUCUAUCUGUCGGUAAGUUACAUGCCAAUCUUCUUUAAUAAUAUUGCGCGUAGCAUCGAUGUUUCUGGAAAUGAUAACCGAUUUUGGCAGACUUUUGGCAAACAGUCUUCUCUGAUGGUGCUUCCUUACCGAAAGUAACACGAAGCUAUUGUUGUUAAGCAAGGCUUUUUUUUUAAUCAUUGCGUCAAUAGCGAUGAAUCGCAUUUCGCCUCCUUGGAAUCCAACGGAUCCCCCACUGUUGGUGAUUAAAUAUUAGAGCACGCCCGGCCUUGUCAAGGUGUACAUGCCAAAGAACAAAACAGUCCAAUUUUUUGCAACCACAUUUAGUACUGCAUCCCUUUUUGUAUUUGCAAAAACUUGUGUUCGGCAGUUUUGAACGAUACUUAUCUAAGCAGAUAGUUUAUUUAGGAGCUCCGUUCCUAGAAACAAGAAAGUGAAUUCCGUUGGUUAUAACUUUUUGUUGAUUUCAAUUACGGUUUUUAAAUACUUUGUCAUGUGUUUGACCAUUCAAUUGCACAAUUCCCAGUUCAAUUUGUGUGAGGAUUCUAUUUUGUGAAGAUGUCGCCUAAUAAGUCAAAUCAAUUGCGGCAAGUUUAUACCCUAAGAUUGCGUCACAAGUCCAUACGUACGAUUUCAACGGACCUGUUGAGCUUAAACUUGUGUGACUGGCCCUAUAAAUAAAUUUUUUUAUUUUCAACAUUAUGUGUGUAAAUAUUGUAUGUAUAUGUUUGUUCUUUCCAUGAGAAAAGAUGGAAUAAAGUUGAUUUUUAACAAAUGUCUACUGUUAAAAAUGUCAGGAUAAAGAUCAAUUUGAAUUUAUUUUCACUUAAAAUUAUGAAAAUUGUGAAAAACAAAGUAGACAGUAAAGAAAAUUGUGAUACAAAUGAUAAAUUAUUAGUUGAAUAUUAAUAUAAGUAACAUCAAAUUUUAAUAUUGAAAAUUAAUACGAAUACAAGACGUCCUGUAGUUACUUAUGGAGUUUUAAAUUACGACAUAUGUUUUUCAUCCUUACUUUUUUCACAAAAAGGGUUGUUUCAUGUUUUCAUCGAAAGAGUUGCAAAUAAAAAGGGCUUCGAAAUGGGUAAUCAAAAUACCAAUCGGUUUAAUUAUUUGCUUUUGCAAAUGAUGUAUAAUGUUGACAAGUUGAAUGUCAAUUUAUGAUAAAAGGAAUAUAUGCUGUUACUUCCAAAGAUAUUUGUGAAAAAGAACGUAAAACAUUCCAAUAAAGGUGUGAAAAUAUUUUAUUUCGAAAAUGACGAAUCAUGAGAAUAAAAACUAUGGAAAAAUGUGUUAUAAAAGAUGAAAGAAAAAAAAAGAACAAUAGCCUAUGGCAAUGAAAUCACGCGUGUGAGAAAUAAAUAUAUCAAUUGUAGUGAAUAACUUCAAAAAUAUACCAAGUAGAAUAAUAAUUUUCACGAAUUAGAAAAUACUAGAUAAAAAUAUGAUAUUAGAAUGCUUCGAGAAACAAUACGCGUCAUCAACAUGCAUCUAAAUAUUUUCUAGAAAAUAAUUUUUUGUUAUAUGUUCUUUUUUUAGAAACAAAUCCAAUUCUAAAUAUUUAUUACAUAGACAUUUCUUCCAAAUUACAAUUUUUGUUUUAAAAAAAUCUAAGGUGAAUAACUCCGAUCUCGCUAUUUGCUAACUUUAGAACACAAUUUGUGUCACUUGACGUCGGUGAGAGGAAAUCCCAAUGGCACAAAUCUGCAAACACGUGGCAGUCAACGUGUCAAAUAAUCAUCCCCUGAAUUAGAAUUUUAUCUAUUUUUUGUUCGAUUAGGAAAAUAUAAAAUUCUUCAACCUAUUCACUACCAGUUUAAAGAUAAUGGGAAAUCAGAAUAUUCGGAAGUUAUCCAUAACGGAAAAAUUAUUGGAGCCAGAACAAUUUAAUACAAACUCGAGAGAUCAGCUUGUGUAAACUCUAAAAGGGUUUAAUCCAACUUGUAGCACUCUCAUCGAGAUAAUUAAUGGGGAUGGUUGGAGCUCAGAAUCUCAAUAAUUAUUAAUAAUUUAUUAUAUCCUGACCUAACUCACGGAUUUACUAACUACAUCGGCUUGUGAACAGGAUGUUUAUAAAUGAUAAAGUGAUAUAACUACAGCUUUGAAUUGAAAAGGUAAGUAAUUUCAACUGAAGAAGAAAUAUAAUCAAUGUUUAUCUGCUACCUAGGGAAGAUUAUCAAUAAAUAUACCAAAAAGGAGACUGUACGGUUAGUUUUAGGCUAAUUUUAGUUUAUUAUGAUAAUUUCAAGUAAUCCAAAACUCACUUCGCUGGUUACUUACGAAUCCAAUAAAUUUUCAUCUUCAAAAUAGCUCACGGAAAAUUUUGAACACUGUUCUGGAAACAACAACCACAUAAUUGAUACAUUUAGGAAUCGUUGGUAUUGAUACUAACAUUAGUAUUAUCACAGAAGUUUAAUCCCUUCAGAACUAAAAAUGUUGAAGCAGACGGUUCGAAGAUGUUUUAAUUUUCCUGAAGAAAAGUCGAACAAUUUAUGUUAUACUUCUAUUUUUCUUUGUAUGGAUUCUUCGAUGUAUCUUUCUGCUACGUUGGUAGAACGCCAUCAUCCGUGUCUUUUCAGAGUGAGCGAAUAAUCGCCGCUUUCCACUAAUACGGUUGCUGACGCCUAUAUCUGGUAAAUUCUUCGCGAUUUUUCAGUUUUAGGUAUUUUACUAGGUAGGCAACAAAUCUUUUGUCGUUUAUCGCAAAAACAAAAACGAAUCAAAUCAUUUCUACGACAUGCCCUACAUUGAAAUCACUUUUGCCAUUUGAUAUUAUUCAUCUGAAGCUUUCCAUGAAUGUGUGGUUACUUAGUCUGCCGUUUGUACUCUGGACGUUUUUGGUAUACAACUCACAGUUUCACGCUUCAAAAAAAGCAAUAGUUUUUGUUUUUUUUUGUAUUGCCAGCAAUUUAUUUUCUAGCUAAACAAGUCUUACAUUGAGAACUGACUUACAUGGAAGAUUUCAUAUUCAUGGCUUCAUAGCCAAGAUCACUUUCAUUAUUGAGACUAAAAACGUUAGAAGCAAUGAACAAAAGUACUAAGAUUAGAGAGGAAAUACAGCGAACAAUUGAUAUCAUAAUAAUUUAUAGCGACCUUCUACUGAAACUUGCACAUGUAGAUUGUAAUUAAAUUGGUUGAUGUUUAUAUUGGAAAGACUUCUUUGCAUAAACUUUUCUCCACAACCGUAUUGGUUCUUGAGAGUAUUACACGUUUGAGUUGAGCUUCUCUGGUUUAUAGAUGUCACAUUAGAGAAAAUCGCGGCAUCUUAUAACAAUAAUAUAAACUAUAAGUAAGCAACAGUUUAGAUAAAUCAAAAAACUAUGCAAAUCUCACAUUUUUAAAUCGGAAGCGAGUUUUUUCUUGAUAAUAGUUCAUAAAACAAUUGUAAGCGUAUUCACAUGUUGCCUUGGCAAUAAAAUUCAUGCUAACUCUAGUGGUAUCUCGGACACAUAAUCUGCAAUGUUGAUUUCAAUAAUAUUUAUUAAUAAAAAUGAGUACUUAUCAGUGUCAUAACAAUAUACAAACAGCGAUUAUUUGAUUUCAUACAUUUCAUAAUCUGGAAAAAAAUCUUUUUUUCCAAUUAUUAUAAAAUUAUGUAGAUUAAUGAACAAAGAAUCUAUUUUUAUUAUUUCAUUUAUUAAAUUCAUAGUUUUAAAUAAUAUAAUGUAUUGAAACGAUAAAAAACUAAUAUAUAUUUAAUCAGAAGUGAAUGUUUCAGGUAGAAUUAAUUCAUUGAUGUUUAAAUAAUUGAAUUAAACCUGGACAUGUUAUCGAUGAUUAUUUGUAUUGUCAACAAAUAAUUAUUACCGAUUACAGCGAUGUCUUUGUUAUCUAUUGAUAAAUAAGAAAGUCAUAUUUGAUUGAAAGUAGUACUUGUAAUGAAGAAUUUGUUAGAAGCUAAAAUACACUGUUCAAUCAAGCAAUCGGACUAAUAAUGUCUGCAAUAGAUAAAAUCCUUUCAGAGAUAGUUUGUAUACUAUAGCGAUAACGAUAUUCUUUUUAUUCUUUGAAAACGUUACUAAAUUGGACGUUUGAAAUAUGCAAUUCAAGUGCCAUAUGAAACUUCUCUUGCUGAUUAAAUUAAACCUUCUCUUAAUUAUGUAAUUAUAAAUGCUCAAAUAAUAUUCACAGCGACAUAAUUUUCUAUUCAAAUUUCCAUGAAAAAUAAUUGUACAUAAUGACUUUAUGCCUAGUCUAUAGACUAUUAGAUGUAAGUGGAAAGAAAACAGCGUAAAAUUUCUACUUAGAACAAAGUAUAGUAUAUUGCUACAAAUAAUUAUUUAUUAUAAAUGUUAAGUGCAACCUUCGAAAAUCCAAGUAACAUUGACAUAGCUUGUAUAUUAGAAUGGAAGAAAAUAAAUGGAAGUCACUUA